AUGCUCUCCUCACAUCGGCUCUCGAACCCGGAGCCCGGCACCUCGGCCAGCGAGCUACUCGAGGCGUCCAAGAAGCUGUACGUCAAAACAGCGAUACUGCGGCAGACCCGGCUAGUCCCCGACAGGCCGAGGAUGUUCACCUCCGGCAGUGAUGAAGAAGAGGAAGAAGUGGAGGUGCCAAGAAACUUGCGACCUCCCGUCUGCUUCACGCCGGUCCCCUCGACCUACAACCCACUCCUAUCGCCGCAAGUCAGCGCGUUUACGAAAGUCACCGUACGCCCUGCCAUCGCCGUCCUCCCCCCGCCGAUCCCCCCGAAAAGCGACUACGUCAAAGAACGGGCGCGACAGUACUCGAACGGCCAUAAACCACUUCUCUCACUCCGCUCCCUGCCCGACUGUUCCCAACUAGGAACAUCACCCACCGAUCAACCAUUCGACGGCUACCGUACCCUUGGCAAGAAGCCAAUUCCGAAACCGCGGCUCAGUUUGAAGAAAAUGGCCCCCCUCACCCUCGACGAGUCCACGAUGCACCAAAUGCCGCCAGUCCCGCUCCCGAGACGCAAGAACCUCCCAGUCGAGGAGAAGUCGACGUCACCUGACUUCCAUUUCAAUACCCCGGCUUCCCGGCUUGAAGGAGGCUCCGGAAUCACACCCAGCAAGAGGAAUAUAGCCAAAUCCACGCCAAACCUUGCGGACGGCCGCCCGGUCACCGGAAUCCGGAGGAGAAUUCUGGCAGCUCAAGGCCGAUCUGUUACUCCUUUGGUCCAGAUCAACCAGGAGCACCAGAUGGAGCAGUACGACGAGGAGAAGGACUUCCUGGCCGCUGCUAUGCGUGAUAUCGAGUUUGGAGAUGAUGACGAUCUCGAGAACGAGGGCCCUGAAUUAUUGAUGCGGUUCGGCCGUGGAAAUUACGCCACUACCAGCUUCCAGACGCCAAUUCAAGUCUCGGCCCCCUCAUCCCUCCAAAACACGCUCUGUGCGACGAUGAUGUCCCCCUUGAUGUCGCCCUCCUCUCCAAAUUCGGCCGAUAGUUGCUCGAAGUCGACGAAAACCCUAUCGACGCCCACGAGCAAAGACUCCGGCCUCACCAACUCGGAUAACGAGGAUGGUAUUAUUAGACGCCAAGCCAACUCGAAAUCCGACGACGAUGGCUUUUUCGAUGCAUCUGGAGAAAAGAAAACUGAUGGAGAGGCCAGUGAGGGUGACAGCAUUUUCACUUCCAUCACCAAUCAGCCGAAAGGAGAAGAAGCAGUCGACUCGGAAGAGAAUCGUGGCAAGCCAAUCUCAGAGCUCGAGCGCAAGGCCCGCGUGAUGCGCUGGAUCAACGAGGCUGCGAUUCAGAUC